AGAGAUUAUAUUUUUGAAGUUCAAAAGGUAUAGAUAAAAUAAUCAAAUCUAAUGUAUUUCCGUUGUGUAGCGUAAACCCGCAUCAGUUAAAUCAAAAACCCUCUGGCAAGUCUGAAAUUAAGACUGUAAACCUUACUGCAACUGCCUUCUGGGCUGCCUGCCUACCACUACAUCAGUUGAAGAGGAAAUGAACAAACAAAAUAGCUGACAAUGCAACCACACUUGCCAAAUCCCAGCAAAAAAUGGGUUCAUGUCACAUCCCACAAAGCCAAAGCCCUAGACUUUAUAUCACAGAAAGAUCAGUUUUGAGUCAACGGUGUUAUGGGGAAGACGGCGUGCGAAUCCCCCGUGCCACAUUGAAAGAGGCUCAAAUCGCGUUGUUGGAGUAUUUGCAUUCUACUAGGAGUAUUCAGUUUGUAGAUGCAGAGAAUAUGAGCAAAAACUCACCCCAUUUCUUAAGAAAGCUUUUGAAGAAGGUUGAAAUUGUGAAAGAUGUUAGAAGGUCUAUGUCGCGGUUUUUGCGUUACCAUCCCAUUAAUGAAUUUGAACCUUUCUUUGAGAGUUUGGGACUGAAACCUUGCGAGUAUACCCCUUUACUUCCUAGGGAUUUGAUGUUUCUCAGUGAUGAUUGUUUGUUGCAAGAGAAUUAUAGGGUCUUGUGUGAGUUCGGGGUUGAACGAAAUAAGAUUGGUCAGAUAUAUAAGAAAGCAGUUCAAGUGUUUCAGCAUGAUUUUGGAGUUUUGCUAUUGAAGCUUCAAGCUUAUCAAAAACUAGGGCUUAGUCAGUCUUUUAUGGCGAAGAUUAUUGUUUAUAGUCCUCAUGUUUUGAUUGGGGAUAUAGAUAUUAAAUUUAUUAAGGUAUUAGAGAUUUUGAACGGUUUGGGAUUUGAUUAUGCGUGGAUUAAGGAGCAUUUGUCGGAGAAGGAGUUCUACAAUUGGAGCAUGAUAUUUCGAGUUUUCAAAUUCUUUAGGGAGAUGGGUUGUAGCAGUGAGUUAGGUGGGUUAAUCAGCCAGCAUCCAUGGCUUUUGUUUGAGGGCUCCGGUGGCAGAGUGCUUUCGCUAAUUGCAUUCCUGUUGAAAUUUGGACUCCCAAUGGACGGGAUAUGCUCUAUGUUUCUACAGUUUCCGGAAAUCCAAGUUUCACAUUUUGUUUCAAAUAUUAUUAGAUGUUUUCUGUUUUUUCAGGAGAUUGAGAUGGAAGUGGAUGAGAUUGGGAAAAUUGUGUGUUCUUACCCUAUAUUACUUGGUUCAUGCACAUUGAAGAAAACAAGUAGUUUGCUUCAUGACCUAAAUGUUGGAAAAAAGCGGCUUUGUAAAUACAUACAAGAGAAUCCCCAAGAAUUGAGUAAAUGGGGUAUGGGAACGAGAGUUAGGCCAUUACCAGACUCGGGAGAGGGCGUGGAGUCACAAAAGUUGAAGACAAAGUUCUUCUUAGACUUGGGAUACGGGGAAAACCCUAACAUGUUGAAGAAAGCAUUCAAGGUGUUUCGAGGCAGGGGAGGAGAGCUUCAAGAGAGAUUUGAUACUAUUGUGAAUGCUGGUUUGGAUCAGGAAGAUGUUUCUAAAAUGGUACGUGUAUCCCCCCAAAUCCUAAAUCAAUCAAAAGCUCUCAUCCAAUCUAAGAUUGAGAUUCUAGUGAAUGAGUUAGGUUUCCCUUUAUCCUCUUUGAUUUUGUUCCCCUCCUAUCUUUCGUAUACGACACAGAGGGUUAGGCUUAGAUUGGCAAUGUAUAAUUGGCUCAAAGAUCAGGGAAAGGCAGAGCCUGACCUAGCCUUGAGCACUAUAAUUUCAUGGUCUGACAAAAUAUUUCUGAGCCAAUGUGUCAAUAAUCAUCCUAGUGGCCCUCAAGUUUGGGAGGAUUUGAAAGCUGAAUUUACCCGGGAUAAAUGAAUUUAUUUGCGUAUUUGUGGGUUAUGCCUUUGUGGCUGCCGCUGCAAUUGUCUGAGUUGUGUUUCUCCUAUAGAAAGUUGGCAUAGCCUGCAUUCAUAUAUAAGUAAAGUUGGAGCCCAUUUCAUUCAACUACUAUUAGCCUAUACGGGCAGAGUUGAUGCACAUUAGGUAAAUGAACUUAUAGAUUCCUGUUCCUUGUUUAUAGAUUUGUUGAUUGAACUGUUGGCAUCCAUAUGCAACACUUAAUUAACCAUUGACUUCAAAGUGAGGCCAACAUGAUACUAAUGACUAUUACCAGUCUUUUUUCAGGUAUUGGUUAGCAUAAGUGCAGUCUAGUGUUUAAGAUGAAAAUUAUAUCGAGUUUUGUUUAGGACAAGCAAACCUAUAAAGUACUAUGAAUUUUGGUGAGAGGCUUUGGCUAUUUGGCUAUACAUAUAUGAACAAGAGUGGUGCGCAAAAAACUAUUGCAUGUAGAUGUCAUCUUACUUUUGAGCAGCUUAUUCCAAUUGGGAUUAUCAGCUACACCUUUUGAAGACGAUAAAAAUUGAAUAACGUGGAUCCUUCAUUAGAGAUCCGCAUAGUUUUACUGCAACAAUAAAGCUUAGCAGUGAGUUUUGCAGACCUGAUGGUUAACUAACCGCGAUAAGCUUUAAGGGCAGUUUUGGAACUGUCCAAGUCCAAACCUAUUAUUGUCAUUUUGUACAGUAGAGUAAUGCUAUUUUGUUUUUGGUACAUUACAAAUUGAGGGAGGGGAUGUCAUUACCGGGACUUGAACGUUGGAGAUCUCAAACGCAGCUCUUUGGGUUUUUGGAGAGUAUGCAGCGAGGACAAUCCUUUUAUCAGUAAAUGGGAUUUCUUUUCUUCUAAAUUUUGUUAUUUGGGAGUAGUUAAUAAAGCGCGCCAAAAGUAAUUAAAAACAUCAA